AUGGACACCAGCUCUCCCACCCUCGCCGACGACUCGCCGCACUCGGCCCACCCCCUCGAGAGAGGUACUGUUGAACAAGUUUCCAACACUGCGCAGUUGACCUUUGACGCGUCUGCUAGGGCUUCAGUGACCAACAGUGACACUCGCACUCCCCACCCAACCCCCCUUUCUUUCGACUCUUCUCAGGCUUCAUCCCUCUCCUCUUCUUCCUCCUUCACCGCCGCCGGCAAAGAGCACUACGACCACCCCACCACCUCCUCUGCAGCUUCCCCCGGCUUUCUUCCCCGAGCCUCCGUCGCUCGCGACUCAACUACUCCCUCGGAAGCUACAACUACGAAGACUGCCCCAGUUGCGCAACAGCAGGGACAAGACUACGGACCCAAGAAUCCCAUGUCCAAGAGCCGCCAGAUGGUCGUCUUCCUGGGGAUCCUCAUGGUAUUGUUCCUUGCUGCGCUGGACCAGUCGAUCGUCACCACUGCCUUGCCGUCGAUCUCCAAGGACUUUAAUAACUUUUCUGAGAUUUCUUGGGUCGGCACUGGGUUUCUGUUGACCAUGACGGCCAUCCAGCCGCUCUAUGGUAUUGCUGCUGACCUCGCCGGGCUGUUCUUUGUUGGGUCAGCUCUCUGUGGAGCAGCCCAGUCGAUGAACAUGCUGAUCCUGGGCCGCGCCGUCCAAGGCAUUGGCGGAAGUGGCAUCCUCACUCUCUCCCUGAUCCUCGUCGCCGAUAUUGUCCCCCUCCGCAACCGCGGCAAGUAUCAGUCCCUCACUGCCUUUGUCUAUGCCCUCGCCUCCGUCUUUGGUCCCCUUCUCGGCGGAAUUUUUGCCGACAAUGUCACCUGGCGCUGGGCGUUUUAUAUCAAUCUCCCUGUCGGUGCAGUGGGUAUGACUCUGUUGGUCGUGUUCCUGCACAUGAACCGACCAAAGAACUUGUCCCUGGGGACGGCGAUGCGGUCUUUGGACUAUGUGGGAAUUGGGCUAUUGAUUGGUGCGAUUAUUAUGAUCCUCUUGGGGUUGAACUGGGGUGCGGAUGCCAAGUAUGAAUGGGACUCAGCCGUGAUCUUGUGUCUUUUGAUUAUCGGUGUCCUGGUCAUGGUCGCCUUCUUGGUCAACGAGUGGAAGGUUGCGGCCAACCCGAUUAUUCCCCUCCGGUUGUUGGGCACUCUGUCGUUGGGGAUGACAUACUUCCCAGUCUUUGUCGACGGUUUUGUCUCCAUGGGUUUGCUCUUCUUCCUGCCGUUGUACUCUCAAGCCGUCCAUGGUGCGUCAGCAAUCGAGUCUGGCGUCGAGCUCCUCCCUUAUGUCUGCAUGUCCUCCGCGGUUGCCAUUGUUGUUGGUCAACUGACGAGUCGUUGGGGCACCUACAAGGAGUUCAUCAUCUUUGGCUGGUUCGCCGGUGUCCUCUCCACGGGUCUCAUGGUCCUCUUUGACGAAAACACAAGCCGUGGUCGAAUGGUCGGAGUCCUCCUAGUCCAAGGCGUUUCCCUCGGCGCCGUCGUCAAUACACAACUCCUCGCAGUGCACGCUCAACUCACGAACCCUGCCGACAUGGCCUUGAGUACCUCCCUCUGGACCCUCCUCCGCACAUUUGGUGGUGUCUUUGGAGUCGCCCUCGGUGGAACUCUGGUUCAGAGCAGCCUCAGUAACGCUAACGCUAGCAAGUAUGCCCAGAACAUCAAGGGUAUUGCGGAUCUGGCGCCUGAGUUCAGAGAGCCGGUAUUGAAGGCGUUUGUGGAGGGUCUUCAAAAGUUUUUUAUCUUGUUGGCUGCGCUUUCGGGGAUCGCGUUUUUGGCCUCGUUCUUAAUCAAGAAGGUUGCCAUGGAUGGUAGUGACGAUGAUAGGGAUACUGUUGAGCAGGGUGACAUUCAGGAGUUGGAGGAUGCUGCGAGACGCCCUGUUGAAAAGCUGGAUGAUUCCCCUCGCCCUUUGUCUACUGUUUGA